CCAGAGAAGAAGAAGGAAUUACGGAAGUAGGGCUUCCAAACAGAUUCCCGUUGGAAGAAGAAUAAAAUACAGUAGAUCAUCGCUUUUCUUUAAUUAACACAAAUUAAAUCUUGGACUUGCCAUUUCCCAAUAAGACGAUGGGUACUAGAGAUGAUGAAUAUGAUUAUUUGUUCAAAGUGGUCCUCAUUGGUGACUCGGGGGUGGGGAAGAGUAACCUGCUGUCCCGCUUCACUCGCAACGAGUUCAACCUGGAGAGUAAGAGCACCAUCGGAGUGGAGUUUGCCACGCGCAGCAUCCAGGUGGACGGCAAGACGGUGAAGGCUCAGAUCUGGGACACAGCGGGGCAGGAGCGCUACAGAGCCAUCACCUCAGCGUACUACCGCGGGGCGGUGGGGGCUCUCCUAGUCUAUGACAUUGCAAAGCAUCUAACUUAUGAAAACGUGGAGCGCUGGCUGAAGGAGCUGAGGGACCACGCCGACAGCAACAUCGUCAUCAUGCUGGUGGGCAACAAGAGCGACCUGCGCCACCUCCGCGCCGUCCCCACUGACGAGGCGCGGGCUUUUGCUGAGAAGAAUGGUUUGUCUUUCCUGGAGACAUCGGCUCUGGAUUCCACCAACGUUGAGACAGCCUUCCAGACCAUCCUGACAGGUGUGUACUGCGUUAAUGCUUAACAUGCCUGUUUCUGC